CUUGGAAACAUAGUUGGGAUUAGUGAUUGUUUUAUCCUUUUCACAUGGUUGAGUUUUCUUUAUUUGGUAAUAGAGAUUUUGUUAAUGUUUGGUGUAUUGUAGUAACACUGACGUAUAUUCUUGUAUAUUGCCCAAAAGAUACUUCCUAUUUUAUCCUAGUCAGUCGGUGCCCACCUAGUUAAUUGAUGGCAAAAUUAGCCCUGAUGAUGGAGGAAAAGAAGAAGAAGAAAAGCAGUGAAUUGAUUCUGGAAAUAAACUUGGUGUCAGCGCAAGGAUUGAAGGUUCGUUCCAAGAGCAAAAGCAAGACUCGAACCUACGCUGUUGUUUGGGUUGAUGAUGUUUCGUCUAACAAAUUGAGGACUGGAACGGACGGACUGUCUCGCGCCACCGCGGCUUUCAACGUCGAGAUUUACACCGUCGGACAUCGCCACUUUUUGAAGGAUUCCCUGGUCGGCACCGCCAGAUGCCUUCUCAGUAACCUUUUGGGAAAGAUGAUCACCCCGGUCCACGUUCACCGUCCAUCGGGAAACUUCCACGGGAUCUUGAACGUUUCGGCUUCACUUUGUGAUGAAAAAACACAUCGGAGUAUUGGAUUUGGGUAUGUUUCGGGGAUCUUCAGGAGUUAG